CCCCGCCCCCUUGAAUCCGCCACUGAGAUCUAACUGUAGAUUAACGAUUUAUUUUAUUUAUAUUAAGAUUAAUUGCUGUGUCAUAACCUGACGUUGAAAGAGUAGAAGUAGGCAGCAACGCACAUAGAUCUAAAAUGAUCAUUAAUCGCACAGAUUAGGCCAAAAUGGAUAUAGACAAAUACCUUGAAAGAAUCGGUUAUUUUGGGCGCUACCAAACUACUCUUCUUAUAAUACUACCAAUACUUCAAGGCGUCUUUCCGAGUUGGCAAGUGCUUUCAUCAGUUUUUAUUCUGUACGAACCGCCGCAUAGAUGCAAGACAGACGCUGCUGCUAAUGUUAGCAUACCCAUCGGAGAGGAUGGAAAACCUUCAAAAUGUAGCAUGUACAAAUAUGACGAAGAUACCAUCUACCAAAACGAGACAACUUAUUGUGAGAACGGUUGGGUGUAUGAUGAUUCGAAAAAGGUUGUUUCCUUGGUAACUGAGUUGGACUUAGUAUGUGAUCAAGCGAUUCUUUCUCCGAAUGCUGUCUCAAUAUUUUUCUGCGGUGUUCUGUUUGGUUCCGUCAUCAACGGUCAGUUAUCAGAUAUGUAUGGACGCAAGUUUGUUUCCUGGAUGGGGUUAAUUGGCGUGAUUGUCACUGGCGUAAUAAUAACUUUCGUUCAUAAUUACAUUGCAUUCGUUAUUAUUUGGUUCGUGGUCGCCAUGUGUAUAAUGGCUACUAUGACGUGUACCUUCAUUUUGUUGCUUGAGCUAUUCCCGCCAAAACAACGGGCGAUUGCGUGCUGUAUUUCAACAAUAGCAUGGGGAAUUGGACUGUGUUUGGUUACACCUAUCGCUUACUGGUUUCAAAAUUGGCGCCAUUUUCAACUAGCUAUUACCCUUCCUAUGAUAUUAUUUUUGCCCCUCUGGUGGUUUGUCGUAGAAUCUCCGAGAUGGCUUCACACUAAGGGCCGUCACAGUGAUGUAAGGAAAAUUAUAGAGAAAAUGGGUAAAUUCAACGGAGUAGACUGCGCCUUUCUAGAUGAAUCUGCAUCAAACGGACAGAAAUCAUUAUUGGUUUUGGAUCAGACAGCACCUGAAGAUACAUUUAAUGACAAGUCGAAGUCUCAUAGAAAAACUUACUCCCUUUUUGACACUCUACGGACACCAAACCUGCGGAAGUAUACAAUAAUAAUGUUCUUCAUGUGGCUAGUGAACAGUUUAGUUUACUACGGAUUGGCUCUUAACUCGUCUUCACUGGCUGGUGAUCGCUUUCUAAACUUCUUCAUUCUCGGAUUAGCAGAAGUGCCGGCCUACGUUUUUGGAUUGUGGGCAUUGCAAAGAUACGGUCGCCGCAGGCUGCUACUUUGCUUUCACGUGAUUGCUUCUGUAGCAUGUAUUUUGACAAUUGCUAUCCCUCCGAAAUCAGGGGAUGGUAAAAACCUAUCAGUGCUCAUCACGACCUCGGCUUUCAUCGGCAAAUUAUCUAUUACGUUGACAUAUACAAUUGUUUGGAUCUUCUCUUCAGAAAUUUUUCCAACUGUUAUCAGAACCAUUGGAAUCGGAGAAUGUUCCAUGAUGGCGCGAAUUGGUGGUAUUUGUGCCCCCUACGUCAUGUAUACGGGAAAAUCCGUUACAUGGAUACCAAUGGUCUUAUUUGCCGUCCUUUCGCUGUGUGCUGGCAUUGCCGUGUUGGUGUUGCCUGAGUCCUUCAAUCGCCCUCUACCAGAGACAAUCGAAGACGGAGAAAACUUCAAAGAUGUGAAACCCGUGACGGCAGCAUAUUCACGCGCGCCCAACGAGGAUGAUUAUGGCGAUAAUGAAACUUCAAAAGUUUAGAUCUAAAUUGCUGUAGAAAUUAUAUAUGUUUAUAACAAUGACCAUUAUUUUAAUAUGUAGGCCUAUGGAAUAAUUUUAUAUUUUGUAACCCAAAUUUUUAAUCUGGCCAAAUUGUACCAAAUGUUUGGGCUGAACUUCUCAUUCAUAUUUUAUAAUUUCUUUCAACAGAAGAUAAAUAUCUAUACUGUUUGAGUCCAUACAACGGGUGUCAGGACUUAACUGUAUAGCCUUCUCCAUCGAGUUUGAGUUGAUUAUUCCCAUUUUUUGUAGUUCAUAAAUGUUGAUCCCGAACGCACCCGGA